UGUGCCGGGUGACAGUAGGAGGAAGUUGCGGAGGGGUCCGGGGUGACAUGUGUGACAGUCGGAGAAGGGGGGGACACAGAACGCUGUACACUGCUCAUGGCUGAGGGAUAAAGGAGUGAAGAGGAUCGUGGAUGUGUCCAUGGAGUAGAGGACCUGACAAGGUGCAAACAUGAAGCAGCUCCAGCUGGUGGAGCCAGUGAUGGCCAUCUACUGCUUUGCAACUUUUGUCAGUUUGCCAAUAAUAGGGCAGUACAUCUAUCACAGGAUGUGGCAAGAUGAAUUUAAUACUACUCUUACCUUCAAUGACAAUGUAUCACACUGUGAAACCAAUCAGAGUAACCCCGGCUAUAUCCAUCAAAAGGAGGUCCAGAAGCGAGCGUCUAUGUUCUCUACAAAGUUGGAUUUAAUUUCCCUUAUCCCAAGUCUUGUAAUGACCUUAAUACUGGUUUCCUAUGGCGAUAAUCAUGGGAGGAAGGCAUCUUUAUUACUGCCCUCUAUAGGUGGCUUAAUCACCGUCGCUGCUUAUUGUUCAGUGUCUUUCUUUGAGUGGCCACUUGAAGUCUUGUUUCUCUCUUCAGUACUCAGUGGAUUCCUGGGUGGAUUUGCUACAAUUUUGGGGGGAUGUUUUUCUUAUAUAGCAGACAUUGCAAGGGACAUCCAGAAGAAGAAUAUUCGCAUAGCUUUUAUUGAUAUGGUUUUUGGGGUGUCAAGUGGGAUUUCAGGGAUCACAUCUGGGUACAUCAUUACUGCACUCGGAUUUCAAUGGUCAUUUUUCAUACCAGCAAUUUUGCACAUUUUAAAUAUUUUAUACAUCAUUUUUAUACUGGAAGAAACUAUAAAAAGGUCAGAAUUUUAUCAACCUGUCCUGAGCAAAGAAGGCAUUAAGGAACUCUUCUCCGGAGUCUUUUUAUUGUUUAAACAUGCAUCCUGCAAGAAACGACUGACAAUCGGCCUCCUGUUGUUUGCUUUUAUGUUCUUUUUGUUUGCCGAUUUUGGAGCUGUAAACCUGUUCACCUUAUAUGAGCUGGACUCGCCUCUGUGCUGGGACCCGGUACUCAUCGGAUGGGGAUCGGCUCUGUCUACAUUUUGCUUUGUAGGCAGCUUCCUGGGUGUUUUCUUCUUCACACAAUGUCUGAAAGAUUCCUACAUCGUCCUCAUUGGAAUGGCAUCUUGGAUUGGAGGGAUUGUUAUGGCUGCGUUUGCCACAACAACUGUAACCAUGAUGUUAGUGAGAGUCCCUCUUCUAUUUUCUGCCAUGCCUCUUCCAGUGAUGAGAUCAAUGAUGUCCAAAAUAGUUUUGGAUAAUGAACAAGGAGCUCUGUUUGCAUGCAUCGCCUGUCUGGAGACUUUAACUGGAAGCCUGACCAUUGCUUUUUACAACAGCAUCUACGCAGCCACUGUCGUGUGGUUUCCUGGCUUUUGUUUCCUGUUGUCAGCCGCGCUUUGCUUAAUUCCGAUAGGAGUAGUGUGGAUAUUGCUGUGUUUUGGCUAUCAAGAAAGGGACCAUAUUCUUCUUGUUAAUGAAGAAUGCAGCACUGAAGAGGACUCUUGAAUGACAGAAAUCAUGACUCACAAGCACUUUAAGCCUGAGAGCACUUGCCAUUUUCACUUCCUCUAAAUACUUCCCUAUAAUAUAGCAUCUGUAGCUGGACAAACUAGUCUUUUUUUUCCCCCAUAAAAUAAGGACCCAUGAUCUAUAUAGCAUUCACCAGGUUUGUUAAUGAAGUCGAUUUUGGUUUUCUAAUUUACAAAUGAACUUAAGGGAUAAGCUCAUAAAAAUAAUGUGAUACAUUUAGUGAGGGUAAGUGUAUAAUGUAUGUUCUGUACAUCUCGUGGCAUCCUUUACUAUUUACUGUACACUGCUUUAAAAUGCAGCUCUCUCCUUAAGCACUUGAUGCACACACAUUUGUGAUCUCUGUACUUUAGAGUGGUUGGUCCCUAGAAAUGCUAUGAGUAGAGCUGCCACGGUGCCUCCUUGCAGGUGAUACAGGUUCACCCAGAGCAUGGAGUCUGAAAACCAGUCAGUCUUCACCAGAGAACCCUGCGGUGGAUAAUGGCCAUGAACCCUAGUGGCCCCUAGAUUUGUUUUCUGCUAACUGGCUCCAGGUCGAGGUCCCCAGUGGAAGCCCUACUACUGUGCAGAGAGUGAGCAAAGCAAAAAACUAAAAGGUUAGUCUGAUCGUAGCAAGGGUCAAGACAAACAAAUAGCAGAAAGCAGUCAGAUACAAGCAGGCGUCUUGCCAGUCCAGGUCAGCAAUGAGUAGGCAAUAGACAAGACUGUAAGGAAAACCAUAGUCAGAUU